GCUUUAGGAAGUGGUUACACUUGGCCAAUUCCUGGAGUGACAGUAGAGUCGAGUCAAGUUUUUGGCACCGUUGCCGGGGACGGCUAGGUUGUUGAAGAAAAGUGAUUUCUGUUAAUUUAGCUUUUCUUUUUGCUUUGUUUUCUUUGUCCCACUUGUGCCUUCACGGGUUUUUUGCUUGAGUGUGUGCAGGUAGUGCAUGACCCGUAGCCAGUCGGGAGGUUUACUGCCGUUGAAUCCAGAGAUUGACCGCACCUGUCGCCAGCUCAGGAGACAACAGCGAGCUAGACUGGCUACGGAAGAGCGCAUAGACGGCCACCUGAGCAGCGAUUCUGAAGAAGAGCACGGGAUGGAUGGAGACUACAACCAACACCAGGGGAAUCCACAGCAGGUUCCCCCGGUAAAUCAGGUCCUGGGGAACAACCCCAUACCCCAGGACCAUGGAGUUCAUCAUCCACCGCAGCCGGGUCCCACCUUGGAGUACUACUACACUCCGCGGAUUGCUGACAUCCGCCCGGUCAUCCUCUACCCGCCGAUCCCAGCAAACAACUUCGAGAUCAAGCCAUGCUGGAUUCAGCUCAUUACAUCUUCUAUCCAGUUCCAUGGCUUGAAGAAUGAGGAGGCCAGGGUGCAUCUUUCCCGUUUUCUGCAGCUGACAAACGGGUUCAAGCUGAAUGGUGUCCCGGAUGAUGCGAUCCGCCUUCAUCUUUUCCCCCAUUCUCUGGCGGGGAAUGCUAAGAGGUGGUUGGAGACCCAGCCCCCAUUGUCUAUCACCUCUUGGGACGAUCUGGAUGACAAGUUCGUGCACCGGUACUAUCCAGCAUCGAAGACUACAGAGAUUCAGCGGGAGAUCACUCACUUCCGCCAGGAGCCAGAUGAGUCACUUCGUGAUGCUUGGGAGCGGUACAUGGGCUAUUUCUGGCAGUGCCCCCAUCAUGGCUUCAGCGAUGCAUUCACAGUGGGGAACUUCUACAGUGCCCUUUUUCCAGAUAGCCAGAGGGUGAUUGAGUCUUUAUGCCCAGGAGGGGAUGUUCUCACUAAGACUCCACCAGAGCUGAAUCAGAUGAUUAAUACAUUGGCUGCCAGAGAUCAUUCUUGGGGGCAGAGCAGCAGGGGCAGACAGUCCCGGGACCGUGGUGUGCACGCCAUGGAGACCAGAUCCGGGCUCGAGCAGCAGGUAGCUGAGCUAGUGCGAACAUUGAAGCAGCCUAACAGUCUGAUUCCGGGCAGAGGUUUGGCUACACCUCCAGUUGCUCAGUGUCAGUGGUGUGAGAGCUCCAGUCACCUAGUGGAGGACUGCCAGGCUAUGAGGGAGUCUACCACACCCCAGGAGCAGUUGGCCUUCAUCGCCAAUGCGAGGCGCCUCGAUCCAUACAGUAGCACAUAUAAUGAGGGGUGGCGCCUGCAUCCCAACUUUGCCUGGAGCAGCAACACCACUAAACCACCUGGUUUCCCAGCACCAGCAGGUGGUUUUCAGCAGAGGCAGCCCUUCCAGGCUUGCCAGGGGCCAGACCCACAGCAGCAGCCCUACCAGCCCAGGCAGGGCCAGCCAUUCCAGCAGCCCCAACGCCAGUUUGCCGAGCCAGUAGCAGCUCCAGCCCCAGAUGACAGGAUGACGAAGCUGGAAAACAUUCUAGCUUCAUUCAUGACGAGCACUCAGGCGACUAUCACGAGGUUAGACCAGAGUGUAGCCUCACUGGAGGCAGGUCAGAGGAACCAGGGUGCCAUUUUGCAGGAUUUGCAGACCCAGGUGGGCAUCUUGGCCCGCCAGAGCACUACCAGGGCACCGGGGACUUUGCCUGCCACCACUGUCCCGAAUCCUCGAGAGCCUCACCAGCAUCAGCAGCUGGAUGCCAUUUUUACCAAGAGCGGUAAGACCAUAUCUGCUGAUCUUGUCCCGGCCAGACAGGAGGAACCACUGACUGCUUCAGCACUUCUAGCCGACGAUGCAGAAGUGAGGGUGGAGAAGGAAGCCCCUGCUCCCAAACCACAACCAGUGGUUAAGGAGCAUGUGCCCCAGCUUCCCUUCCCCACUCGCCUACACAAAGACAAGCUGGAGACUGAGUUUGCCAAGUUCAUGGCAAUGUUGAAGCAACUCAACAUCAGCAUACCGUUCGUGGAGGCACUGUCGAAGAUGCCCAAAUAUGCCAAGUUCAUGAAAGAUCUCUGCACCAACAAGAAGAAACUUGGGGAUCUCUCGACAGUGUUGCUGAGCGAGGAGUGUUCUGCUAUCCUGCAGAACAAGCUGCCCGAGAAGCGCAAGGAUCCAGGGAGUUUUACUAUCCCUCUUACUAUUGGCAGCAUGCAUGUAGGAAAGUCCUUGGCGGACCUAGGCGCUAGCAUUAACGUCAUGCCAUAUAAGUUGUAUAAAAUGCUAGACCUAGGUGAACUUAGCCCUACUAGGAUGAGCAUUCAAUUAGCUGAUCGUUCUCUCGUGCAUCCUAAGGGUAUCAUUGAGGAUCUGCUUGUUAAAGUAGGUACAUUCACAUAUCCUGUUGAUUUUGUUAUUCUUGAUGUACAUGAGGAUGUGGAUGUGCCUUUGAUUCUAGGUAGGCCAUUUCUUGCCACCGCCAAGGCACUAAUUGAUGUGCAUGAUGGUAAACUGAUCCUGCGUGCUGGGAAUGAACAGACUACUUUUUCUGUGACUGAGUUUGAUCACUGUGCUAUGAUUGCUGUCACGCCUGUGAAUGCCAUUUCUGAUCAGGUACACGAGUCUGUCGUGUAUCCUUCUACACCUCUCAUUUUGCAGGACCCUCCUAUCCUUCCUUCGCCGCCACUCCAUCCAGUCUCGCCUCCGAACAAAAUGCUCAAGGAGGAGUGGCGGCCGAAGCAGCAGGUUGCUAAGCCUGCACGGAAGAAGAGUGGAGAUCACUAUGAGCUGGUCCCACCCCCUGCACCACGACCACCCUGGCCGUCUGGGUACUCGCUCUCCUGCAUCUUGCCAGAUGGGCAGGUCGAGCUGACUGAUGAGGGUGGUCGCAUCCGUCGGGUGCAUGGCCACAACCUGAAGCUGUACCUCAAGAGCGACGUGGAUUCGCUCUUGGAGGCACCUGUUCCUGCACCGCCCUGAGUAUCCGCCAUGGGCGUCCAGCUAAUACGAUAGUAAAGAAGCGCUUGUGGG